AUGGGGGCUAAAAUAGACUCGAAAGUGAUGCACAAAGCUGGACCUUUCACUUUCCGAAUACAUGGGCAAAAUUCUCACAAAAUAGGAUCCUUGGUUCCUCCAUCAGGAAAGCCUCCCAAGUUCAGCCAGCUUUACAUUUUUGAUACCGCUAAUGAGGUGAAGAAUAGAAUCUUAGCCGUGAAGAGGACAACCAAAGCUGGGGAACUUGAUGGUAAUAUUGUUAAAACCCUGAUUGAAACUGUUGACGCCCACAACUGUCUCGCCAAGAUAUUCAGAAAAGCUCGGGAUCUUCAUGAACAAACUGAAUGUCCAGAGCUUAGAAUAAGAUUGAUAGCUCAGCCAAGACGUGGUCGUCAGUAUGAUAUGCCUACGACAGAUGAGAUUGCGGGUUUAAUUGUUGGAGAUCUUUCAGAGGAUAUGGGUGAUAGGGAUAUCAUUGUGCAACAUAAAUCAGCAGGGUUACAACAAAUCAGUGAUAUGCAUCCUCUCUAUAUGACUUUGCAAUACCCUCUACUAUUCCCUUAUGGCCAAUCAGGAUUCAACGAGAACAUUCCAGUAAUCAACGUUGAUGGAAUCACUCGACAGAGGGCUUAUGUGACAAAGAGGGAAUACUUUGCUUACCAAAUUCAAACUAGAUUGAAUGAAGGUAUGAUUAUUGUGAGUUCUAAGCGCUUGCUCCACCAAUAUAUAGUUGACGCAUACACCUCCAUCGAGCAGGAGAGGUUGCGCUGGUUCAGACUGAAUCAAAAAAAAAUCAGAGCAGACCUCUACAACAAUGUGAAAGAUGCAGUCAUGAAAGGUGACACAGAUGCAAAGUCUAUAGGAAAGAGAGUUAUAUUACCUGCUUCUUAUACAGGAAGUCCAAGAUACAUGGCAGAAAAGUAUCAUGAUGCAAUGGCUAUAUGCCGAUGGUAUGGAAACCCUGAUUUAUUUAUCACAAUGACAACAAAUCCAAAGUGGGUUGAACUCUCAAACCAUCUACAGCUGUAUGGGACCGAUGAUCCAAACGAUCGUCCUGACCUUGAAUGCAGAGUCUUCAAAAUGAAGCUAGACGAGCUCAUGUCAGAUUUCAAGAAAGUGGUCUACACCAUAGAAUUUCAAAAAAGAGGCCUCCCGCAUGCUCACAUAUUACUAUGGCUAGAAGGUGAUUUCAAGAAUCCAACAAGUAGUGAUAUAGAUAAAAUCAUCUCUGCGGAAUUACGAGAUAAAGAAACAGAUCCUGAGGCUUACAGUUUGGUUGAGCAGCACAUGAUGCAUGGUCCAUGUGGCAAAGACAGACCAUCUUCUCCUUGUAUGGAUAAUGGUGUAUGUACCAAGAAAUUUCCUCGCAGCUUCGUUCCUCAUACUCAGAUUAAUGAGUCUGGCUACGUUCUGUACCGGCGGAGACAGUCUGAUAGAAAUGUGAAAAAAGGAAGCAUUACUCUCAACAAUUCUUUUGUUGUCCCUCAUAAUUUACAGAUUCUAAAGAAGUACAAGGCUCAUGUCAAUGUUGAAUGGUGCAACAAGUCAAGUGCGAUUAAAUACCUUUUCAAAUACAUAACAAAAGGUGUGGACAGAGCAGCGUUUGUUAUCCAUAAUGAUGGAGAGAAGAAUCCUAAGGAUCACAAAAGCACCUCAGAAAAACCAACGAACGAAAUAAACAAUUACUUGGAAGGUCGGUACCUGUCUGCUUGUGAAUCUAUGUGGAGAAUUUUUAUGUUUGAUGUCCAUCAUAACACCCCAGCAGUUCAAAAGUUUCCUGUUCAUUUACCUGGUGAACAAACAGCAGUUUUUGACGAGAACGAGGACCUAGAAAACGUUGCAGUACGUUAUACACAUGGAAGAACAAUGCUUACUGAAUGGUUUGAGAUGAACAGGCUGUACGAAGAAGCCAGACAGUUGAAUUAUAUUCAGAUGCUUACGAUGUUUGUGUGGGACAACUCGAACAAGGUUUACUCCAAACGCAAGCAAAAAGGUACCAUUGGAAGGCUUGUAAACAUCCAUCCUAAUGCUGGAGCUAGAUAUUACCUAAGGAUCUUAGUCAGCCUCGUGAAAGGGCCAACAUGCUAUGAUGAUCUAUACACAGUGGGUGACACUAAACAUGAUACAUUCCAAGCCGCUUGCUUAGCUAGAGGUUUGCUCGAUGGAGACAAAGAAUGGCAGGACGCAAUGAUUGAAGCUUCACAGUUCUCUUCGCCUAGAUGCCUUCGACGCCUUGUAUGUCAGAAGACGUUUUGCCCCACCAGCGACGGUUACUACAAUUCCCUGACCUUGAACUCACCCCCCCAUGAACUCCAGCAGUACACGCUCAUUGAGAUCGAGGGCCUCCUACAAAACCAUGAGACAUCGCUUACUGAGUUCACUGGAAUGCCACUGCCGUGCAAAGCAAUAUUAGAAGAUAUGAAAAACAAAAAGAUGGCUCGCCAGUACCAGUUUGACACCGCAGAAGAAAGUAGGAUCCAUAAAGAGUUGUUUCCUAAACUCAACAAAGAACAAAGGGUUAUAUACGACGAUGUAAUGACAUCAGUAUUGGAAAACGAGGGAAAAUUAUUUUUUAUUUACGGCGCAGGCGGAACAGGGAAAACAUUUUUAUACAAAACAAUAAUCUCCGCUCUGCGAUCUUCAAAUAAAAAAGUUAUACCUGUAGCCUCCUCUGCAAUUGCUGCUCUGCUUCUUCCCGGAGGUCGUACAGCCCAUUCAAGGUUUAAAAUCCCUCUCAAGCUCCAUGAAGAUACUUUCUGCGAAGUUAAAAAAGGAACCACCCUCGCCAACUUCCUGAGCCAAGCGGACCUUAUUAUCUGGGAUGAGGUGCCUAUGGCUCAUCGCCAUGCCGUUGAAGCUGUAGAUCGCACACUCAGAGAUAUUUUAUCAUUAUCUGAUGAAACAGCAUUACACAAACCUUUUGGUGGUAAAACGGUCCUGUUAGGUGGGGACUUUAGGCAGAUCCUUCCAGUGAUACCACAAGGAACACGCCAAGACACCGUGAAUGCAGCUGUCAAUCAGUCACACCUCUGGAACCACUGCCAAAUUUAUGUCCUCUCCAUCAAUAUGCGAGUCCAAACCGAGGCAAAAGAUUUUGCGAAAUGGAUCUUACAAGUUGGUGAUGGCAUGGCACCACUCACGCCUCAGAAAGAAAUGUACACAGAAUCUGUUGAAGAUCAGAUUCUGAUACACGAUUCUCUCCUUCUCCCAGUAACUUCUAACCCCCUUGAUAGCCUUUGUAAGUCUGUUUUUACAAAUUUCAAUGAUGAUUACAAUGACUUGGAAAAAAUCAAGGAUGCGGCUAUAUUAACUCCAAGGAAUGCUACAGUUGAUGAGAUCAACACUUACUUGAUUUCCAAGAUACCGGGUUGUGAGCACGAAUACUUAAGCUCUGACAGCUUCGCUGAGGAUGAAAAACAUUCAGGAGAGUUUGAUUUAUCCUAUCCAUUGGAAUAUCUCAAUGCAUUAGAAUUUCCAGGUUUGCCUGCGCAUAGAAUUUGUCUGAAAGUUGGGGUCCCAAUCAUGCUCCUUCGCAACAUAAACCAAGCUGAGGGAUUAUGCAAUGGUACAAGACUUAUAAUCACGCACCUGGGAGAAAGAGUUAUAAAGGCAGAAGUGUUAUCCUCUUCCACAACAAAGCAGCCUGUCCUCAUACCUAGAAUCGUCCUCUCACCAACAGAGUCCAAUCAUCCCUUCACUCUCAAAAGACGCCAGUUUCCAGUUAGAGUCUCCUACGCAAUGACAAUCAAUAAAAGUCAAGGUCAAACAUUGGAUAAGGUUGCUCUGUACUUGCCCAAACCAGUUUUCACCCACGGUCAAUUAUAUGUGGCACUAUCAAGAGUGACCACACCAAAAGGACUAAAGGUUUUGAGCCUAACAAAACCAAGUGGCUUGACGAACAGCAUUGCUAAUAUCGUCUACAGAGAAGCUUUCAAUGGAUUGCCCCAAACAACAGGUUUUGAAGAAGACGGGGAGUGA